UCGUACGCGGAAGCCCGGCCAGGCUCUCGCUCGUCGCCUCGGGCGGGCAGUGACCUUGAGACCGCCGGCUGCGGAGGAGCGGAGGCCUCAUUCCCUGCCGGCAGACGCAACCGAGGGCUAUGACGAGGUGGUCGCACAGCCUGCCGCUCCUGGCGGCCCUGGUGGCGGCGAGCCAGUUGACACGCGCCAGCGCCCAGACCUCCUGCGCUCUGCCAGACUCGGUGAAGAACAACAUCCUCCAGUAUCAGGAUGACGUUGACAAGAUCAUGCAGGCGGCGCUGAACGAGCAGCAGCACCGGCACGCCGCCUACGAUGGGCUGGACGACUUCGUCGAGCGGUUCGGCGCACGGCCGUCCGGCUCCGACGAGCUGGAGGACGCCAUCGACUUCAUGGAGCAGACGGCUCGGCAGGACGGCUUCAGGGUGCGCACGGAGGAGGUCAUGGUGCCACAUUGGGUGCGCGGCGAGGAGACGCUGCUCAUGCUGCGGCCGCGCCGCAAGAGCAUGUCCAUCCUGGGCCUGGGCACCACCAUCGGCACGCAGCAGUACCCCGCAGGUGUGCUCAAGGCCGAGGCCGUGGUGUUCAACAGCUUCGAGGAGAUGGAGAAGGCCGGCAAGGCCAAGGUGUCUGGGAAGAUUGUCGUCUUCAACGCUCCGUUUGGAGACACCAAGGACCUUCCCAUAGACCGCUACAGGGAGUCGAACGAGUACCGUGUGCAUGGUGCGGCCCGAGCCUCCAAGCUAGGAGCGCUGGCUGCUCUGGUGCGCUCUCGCACGGACUUCAGCUUGAACACCCCCCACACGGGCUCCAUGGAUUACAACGUCAGCACGCCCAUCCCGGCGGCAGCCGUCACGCCCGAGGACGCUAACAUCAUGGCGAGGCACUUCAAGAAAGGCAAGCCAGUGGAGCUGUUGCUGAAGAUGUCGGCGGCGAAUCUGCCGCAGAGAAAGUCUCGCAACUUGAUCGUCGAUUACGGUCCCGCUGACGCCAUCGAGAUGGUGCUGCUCAGCGCCCACAUGGACAGCUGGGACGUCGGCGAGGGCGCCAUGGACAACGGCGGUGGCGUCUUCGUCAACUACCAUAGCAUCAAGCUGCUCAAGCAGCUAGGCCUGAUGCCCAGGCGGACCAUCCGCGUGGUCUUCUGGACGGCGGAGGAGGAGGGCUACUACGGUGGCAAGGAGUACAUCAAGAACCACGAGUUCGACGUGCAGAAGAUGCAGAUUGCUAUCGAAAACGACCUGGGCGUGUCCCGGCCGCUGGGCCUGCGCAUUGCCGGCUCGGACGCCGCCAAGUGCUUCGUCAAGCACACCACCUCGCUCUUCGGACUGGCCAACUCCACACGCACGGCCGGCGACCCGCCGUUGUCGGAAGCGCACCUCUUCAACGAGAAGGGCGUGCCGGCGGCGUGUAUCGACACAGACCAGAGCCGCUACUUCUGGUACCACCACACGCAGGCCGACACGAUGGACGCGCUGGAUCCGCGCGAGAUGGACCUGUGCGUGGCCACCAUGGCCUCGGCCGCCUUCGUGUUCGCCGACGUGCCGGACCGGGUCCCCAGUGACGUUGCAGUGCCCCUGCGGUCAGUGAAGGGCUCAGCAAAUAAGAGGAGCUCGGCCAUCGCUCGACGGCCGGCGCUGUGCCUGGUGGCGGUGGUGGCGGUAGCAGCUCGGCUGCUCGGCUAACGGCAGCUCUCGUGCGUGCGGCGCCGUCGGCCACGCGCGCGUCGGCCCGAAUCCCACCGCCGGGUCGAGUCCGACCAGCCGUCCGCCUGCCGUCGGCUGGGCUGACGUGGCUGUUGUGAGGGGAGCUGUUCCGCGCUGGGCUGACCUCGCGGUGGACGCGGCGCCGCCCACCGGCUGCAGCUCCACGCCCAUCAGUCUGGAUCGCGCGUUUUUACCUUGUCAUUGCCCGGAGCGCAAGGAGUUCACAGCUUCGGCAGCCUAAUCGGGUUGUUAUACCCGGAUUCCCCCGAUUGGACGCGGCGCCGCCCACAGGCCCGGCUCGUCACCGGGAGACCGUGACGGACGCCGCCCGCCCGCGCGCGGGAAACUGUCACGUGACGUGGUGUGGCGGCCGCUGUUGGAUGUUGCCGAGGCGGCCGCUGACGGGACAGGAUAGUUCGGUCCGCUGAGCUCAUUGCCAGGACUUGACUAGGUCGUGCUUGUCACUGUGUUUAUUUGACGACCUGCUGAUGUUAAUGCGAGCAGUAUGACGUUUCGAAAAUUGUUCCUUCCACCCCAUGCCACGGUCGUACAAGUUCCCGUCCGCCCAAGCCAUAAACAGUGUUCGCAGUUGUUUGUAGACUAGGUUGGUGACCUAGCAUUUAUUGGGAGAACGUUAUGUAAACAUGUAUGCAGUAGUUGUGAAAGUUUUUGGCGCAAAGUGACCACUGCCGUCGACGCGCCCGAAAACAUCAAUGAGCAACAAGUUGUGGAAGUCCCGUGACGAAGGCGUUCAAUAACAACGCGACUGUCGCUUCCGUCUGGUAAGUUGUCGAGGACCACUGCAGUGACU